UUCCCCGGACGUGCCGGUGCGCUCCGCCGCCCCGGGCACCGACGGGCACCGGAGCCGGCCAUGCCGCCGCUGCCGCUGCUCUCCCCGUUGCUCCUGCUCUGCCUCCCCCUCCUCCGUGCCGACCCGCUCGCCUACCCCGCAGUGAUCUCCCCCCAGGACCCCACGCUGCUGAUCGGCUCCUCGCUGGUCGCCACGUGCACGGUCAGCCCGGACUUUCACCUGAAAGCCGAGGAUCUGUACUGGACGCUGAACGGGCGGCGCUUGCCCGCCGCCUCCUACGCUGCCCUCGGCCCCACCACGCUCAGCGUGGCCCUCGCCCGCCUCAACGGCUCCAAGCAGCAGUCGGGGGACAACCUGGUGUGUCACAGCAGAGACGGUGGCAUCUUGGCCGGCUCCUGCCUUUACGUUGGACUACCCCCAGAAAAACCCGUCAACAUCACCUGCUGGUCCAAAAACAUGAAAGACCUCACCUGCAAGUGGGCGCCGGGGACAGAGGGGGAGACUUUCCUGCACACCAACUACACCCUCAAGUACAAGCUCAGGUGGUACGGGCGUGACAACACGUGCCAGGAGUACCACACGGCCGGGCCCUACUCCUGCCACAUCCCCAAGGACCUGGCCCUCUUCACGCCCUACGAGAUCUGGGUGGAGGCUUCCAACCGGCUCGGGGUGGCCGUCUCCGACGUCGUCAUGUUGGACAUCCUGGACGUGGUCACCACCGACCCGCCGUCGGACGUACACGUCAGCCGGGUGGGUGACCUGGAGGAUCAGCUCAGCGUGCGCUGGAGCUCGCCCCCAGCCCUCAAGGAUUUCCUCUUCCAAGCCAAGUACCAGAUCCAGUACCGGGUGGAGGACAGCUCGGAGUGGAAGGUGGUGGACGAUGUGGGCAACCAGACCUCGUGCCGCCUGGCCGGCCUCCGCCCCGGCACCGUCUACUUCGUCCAGGUGCGCUGUAACCCCUUCGGCAUCUACGGCUCCAAGAAAGGCGGCAUCUGGAGCGACUGGAGCAACCCCACGGCCGCCUCCACCCCGCGCAGCGAGCGAGCGGCGGGGGGCUGCGACCCCAAAGGGGGGGAGCAGAACACGACGCUGCGGCGGGAGCUGAAGCAGUUCUUCGGGUGGGUGAAGAAACACGCCUACGGCUGCUCCAACCUCGGCAUCAAGCUGUACGACCAGUGGCGCGUGUGGCUGCAGAAAUCGCACAAAACACGCAACCAGGUAGGUAAGGAGUUCUUCCCGGCGAUAAGUUGUAGCCCCCGGGGGCCCAAGCGCCGGCAGGAUGACGCGGGGCGCCCGGCGCCCACCCCGGACCCCCCGCCCCGGCCCCGCCGAGGGGGAGCAGGAAGGCGACCGGGGCGACGCACGGCCCCGCAGCCCCAGGGCACGGGAUGGGGUGAGGAGGGGGGCGCGGGCCGGGCCAGCACCGGGAGACCGCGGCCCCCCACCACACCGCUCACACCCCCGGGCGCUGUGGGGACCUCUCGGCCUCGCCGGGCCGGGGGGGUGUGCGGAGGCUUCGCUCCUUAACGGCCCAGCGGAGCAGCCUCGGGGACGAGCUGGGCAGCGGGAGGGGGUCCCAGGUGUCCCCCACCCUCAGUGCAGCCCCCAGGAAGCAAUUUCGGCUGUUCUCUCCCCCGGGACCCACGUGCGAGCGCAUGGGGGGGGGUCUGUCCCCGGGGAACCACGCGGGCUGGUUUGAGGCUGCUGGGGUUUGCCCAGUGCCUGCUCCAAUUUUGAUUCAAACCAGCCUUAUUUUGGUUCCAUUUCAGUCAAUUAGGAACAGAUUUAAGCUUAAUGCCAAUAAACCUCUGA